AUGGAUGACGCAGAAGGAGACGACAUGGAAGUCGUGGAAACGCGAUCCACUACAAAACGAACGCGCGAUUUUUCAACAGAUAGAAGCUCCCAGGAAGGGAAGAAAGCAAAGCAGGUGGGUCAGAAGCAGGGAAAUAACAAUAACAAUGUUGUAAUUUCAUCUAUGGGGGGCUUACCCGUCACUGGGUGGAACCCAAUUAAAUUUGGUCAGAGUUUACAACAAGCAAUUGGCAAUGUAAAACAAGUAAAGAAAAUUAACGGUAAAGACCUAAUGAUUGUUUGUAAUAGUGCCACUCAAGUCAAAAAGGCACUCAGCAUAACAACGCUGAUGGGAAGAGAUGUCUCCUGCAGGCUGCACUCCAAUAUCACCCUUUCACGUGGGGUGAUUUAUGGGUUAGGGGAAGACAUCACUGAAGAAGAAGUACAACAAGCACUGAAAAAAUACAAAGUAACGAAAGCACAGCGUCUGACUAAAGGGAAGGAAAAAACUAAAACCAAAUGUAUGUUGUUAUAUUUUAAUUCGGAUGCACUACCGGAAGAAGUUUCUCUCGGUUACGAAAUAUUUCCUGUCAAGCAAUAUGUUCCACCCGCCAUACGUUGCUUCAAAUGUCAGUCCUUUGGGCAUAUUUCAGGGGAAUGUAGGGGACGCCAGCGAUGCCCAAGAUGUGGCGGUCCCCAUACAUUUGAUGAAUGCCACAACCUGGAUCGCCCCAAAUGUGUCAACUGCGGGUCAAAUGAGCGAGCUCUAACAGAAGGGCCGGUAGUAGAUACCCCCUGA